AUGAGGUUCCUUAGUAUUGGCGCGCUUCUCAUCGGCGCAGUCAGUGGUCUGGCAGCAGACCAUAUCAUUCAUGGCGCACAAAUCAUUCCAGCAAAGGAUACAUCUGCGCUACGACGCGUAGGAGCUCAUCAUCCGAAAUACCCAGAUCGUCGAACUGUGACGAUCCGGCCAUCGAAAAACGACGCCGAUGAUGUGUCUAUGGAUUUUCUCUGGGGUAUCAAACGGGCUAAUCAUGGUGGACGACUCUUACUCCAAAAGGGGAAGACUUAUGUUAUUGGAAAGAAGCUGGACUUGAGCUUCUUGAACAAUGUUGAGGUGCAAUUGGAAGGUGAGAUCAAGUUCACCGACGAUGUCAAGUACUGGCAAGCGAACCACUUUUAUUACGAUUUUCAAAAGUCAAUCACAUUCUGGGUCUGGGGUGGUCAGGACAUCAAGAUCUUUGGAAAGGGUACCCUGAAUGGAAAUGGUCAGCAGUGGUAUAAUGAUUUUGCCGGACAGGAAAUCCUGGAUCCUGACAACACCUUCUACCGGCCCAUCUUGUUCCUCACGGAUAACGCGACUCGGGUCAGCGUCGAAGGCAUUACGCAGCUGAACUCGCCCUGUUGGACCAACUUCUUUGUGCGCACCAACGACAUCUCCUUUGACGAUGUGUUUAUCAACGCCUACUCGACCAAUGCCUCUGCUCUACCCAAGAACACCGACGGAUUCGACUCGCUGAAUGUGAACGGUCUCACCGUGACCAACACUCGGGUGGACAUUGGUGAUGACUGCUUCUCACCAAAGCCCAACACAACCAACAUCUUCGUCCAGAACCUGUGGUGUAACAAUACUCAUGGAGUGAGUAUGGGCAGCAUCGGUCAGUAUUCGGGCGUCCAAGACAUCAUCGAGAACGCCUACAUCGAGAACGUCACACUCCUAAAUGGCCAGAAUGGAGCCCGAUUGAAGGCAUGGGCCGGCCAAGACGUCGGAUACGGGCGCAUCAACAACAUCACCUACCGCAACAUUCGCAUCGAGAAUACCGACCAUCCGGUUGUGCUGGACCAGUGCUACUUCGACGUGAAUGCGACCGAGUGCGCGGCCUACCCUUCGCAGGUGAAUGUGACUAAUAUCGUGUUUGACAAUAUCUACGGCACAUCGUCUGGCGCGCAGGGCAAAGUGGUGGUGGAUCUGACCUGUUCGCCUAAUGCCGUGUGCUCGGGUAUUCACCUCUCGCAAAUUAAUCUGACCAGCCCGGCCGGAAGCCCGGCCGAGAUCAUCUGUGACGGGAUUCAGGGGGAUAUCGGGGUGAGUUGCCAAUCGAGCUCGAGCUGA